AUGAGUACGGAGUUUCUGAGUUUUCUCUCCUGAUUUUCCUCCCCUCCCCUCUCUCUCUUUCUCGAUUGUGCCUAUUCUUUAACACCGUGGAAUAGGAAGGGUGGUUGGUGCUCACAUGAUUGGAAUCACACUUUUGGUGGUUUCAGGAGUGUGGGGGCUGCAUAGAUCUAGUGGCUAUAACUUUACAUAAGUCCAACCCCCCUUUUCAAGAAACAUUGAUUUUGCGUAGAUAACCGAAUAUGUGAAAUCUAAUCAGGCUUGAUACAAAAAAAAAAGCCUGCUAUAGCUGUGCUUCCCACACACGCGGGCUCACGGGCGGUACUCGCAACGCACGUUCCCUUUUUUGGGCCUUCACUGCGUUGUCGACGUUUUCUUACCAGCUUCUGCGGCUGCGUUCACCACCUGUAGGGACAGGUGCGUUCCUCACUCCCAAGACUACCUCCCAGCUGACGAGGUCGCUGAUCGAGAGUUCCAUCUUGCCGGACGUUCACAGCUGCUAGCAGCUCGUUAUGAAACCCUCGACGUGGCUCGCUUAGAGUAGCUCGAGGUGAGUGUCAAGAUACAUCUGCGCUUGUUGCGACAUGUACUCUGCACUCUUACUCCUACAACUCAGUUGUACGGGCAAUAGCUCUGUACGUCCUUGUUGGGCAACACAGCAUGCUAAUUGCACAGCUCUCAGCAGAACCUUUGCCUCCUCUCGCGCCAUCUGCGCCGAUCCGUCCUUAUACAGUGACUUGACUUGUCGCAAAGGUAUGCUGAGCCGAUCGAUGGACUUUCCAUCAUCAGUUGCAGCCGACUGACAUUCAGAAGCUUUGGUCGCAAAGCUCCAAAUUGUGAUUCCCAGUCUUCGCUCCUGCUCCGACGACCAUCAAGAUCUUCCCGGGCAUAUAGCCGGCUGGUGCGCGUCAUUCACACAUCCUUCAGGACGCGGUGGUUUGCGGGCCAACAAGAAGGCGUGAUGUCCCUGGCGCAUGGCACAGAGGGUACUAGACGAUGGCACUACGCAAUGACAAGUCGAUGAACUACGCGCGCUGAAGGACCUUUCCCUAUCGACUUGAACGCUAUCAGGGCUCGUCCGCAGCUGAUCGCAUAGGAUCGCCCCACAUGGUCUACCUCCAUGACUGGGCUAGCGAUUUGCUCAACGUCGACUCUGCGUGCCCGCAUUCGAAGCUCGUCGCCGACCCUACUCCUCGCAACGACAACCCGCCCGAGUCGCAUCGUCGAAUUCUAAGCUCGCUUCGACGAUCGUCUCUGCGACGACCUGACCGCGUCGAUCCUCUCCGCCGGUGUCUCGCUUCGUCGUCGCCCGCAGCAAUCACUGAGAGGGAGAGGGGAAAGGCAGGCCAAGGUCUUCCCUCGGUCCCGGACAACAUUCUUCAUCUUCCGAGACAUCAACAAGGAUAGCAAUACACCAAUGUUGUCCUUCGUCUUGCUGCAACUCGAACCACUAUUCCGCUACGACUCGCGCGAGUGGUCAGGGGAGUCGACACAGAUGUUCCUCUGA